AUGGAAAAAACCAAAACAAAGCAAGGAGAGAAUGAGCAUAUGCCAGUGAAUAAUCCUUCUACACAGAUCUACCAGUUGCAGGCCCUGGCCUCAGAACUGAAAACUGGUUUCACAGAAGCAAUGCAGGAGCUCUCACGAAUCCAACAUGGAGAAUAUGCUUUGGAAGAGAAGGUUAAAAGCUGCCGAUGCUCCAUGGAAGAAAAAGUUACUGAGAUGAAGAACUCACUAAACUAUUUCAAGGAAGAGCUGAGCAAUGCAAUGUCAAUGAUUCAGGCUAUCACUUCUAAACAAGAAGAAAUGCAACAGAAAAUUGAACAACUUCAACAAGAGAAGCGAAGAGAAUCUCGAAAAGUUAAAGCCAAGAAAACUCAGAAAGAAGAACAUGGUACUCAGGCUGGGCCUGCACAAACACAAGGAAGUCCUUUCCGUUCCAUCAAUAUUCCUGAACCUGUUCUUCCAAGUGAAGACUUUACCAAUAUUUUGCCUUCUCAGGCCUAUGAAAAAGCCCAAGAGUCCAGAUCUGUCCAUGUAGGAGACAGCAACGUGAAGGGAAUGAUGGGUCCUGCAGUGAACCCAGCAACUCCAGAAGCAGAUGACAACAUGAAGUCUUGCCUCUCAGCUGAUAUCCAGUCCAAGAGCCAUCUGUCAUCUGGUGUGUGGAGGCAGCCUAAGGAUGGCAAAGAGUGGGGCGAGGAGUAUGUCACAAAAGACCACCCCGACAAACUCAAAGAAGUGGGCCAGGGUAGACACAGCUCCCUGGAAAAUGUUUUAUGUGAAACUUCUUUAGCUGCUAAAAGACAAACUGUGGCUCUAGAACUGCUUGAAUCUGAAAGAAAAUAUGUCAUUAACAUCUCUCUGAUCCUGAAGAUUAAGGCAACAUUCCAGGGGUCCGAUGGAAAGAGGAAUUCCAAAGAGAGAAGCCUCUUCCCUGGCUCUUUACGAUAUCUUGUCCAGCAGCAUCUAGAUUUGCUCCAUGCACUGCAGGAAAGGGUCCUGAAGUGGCCACGCCAAGGAGUCCUUGGAGAUUUAUUCCUUAAGUUAACAAAUGAUGAGAAUAACUUCUUAGAUUACUAUGUUGCCUACCUGAGGGACUUGCCUGAGUGCAUCUCAUUGGUUCACGUUGUUGUUCUGAAGGAGGGUGAUGAAGAGAUUAAAUCUGACAUCUACACACUGUUUUUUCACAUAGUCCAGCGCAUUCCAGAAUAUCUGAUACAUCUGCAGAAUGUUCUGAAGUUCACAGAGCAGGAACAUCCUGACUAUUACCUACUACUGGUGUGUGUUCAGCGCCUUCGAGUAUUUAUCUCACACUACACUCUGCUGUUUCAAUGCAAUGAGGAUUUGCUUAUUCAGAAGCGGAAAAAGCUCAAGAAGUCAUCUAUGGCAAAGCUGUACAAAGGGCUGGCUUCCCAGUGUGCAAAUGCUGGCCAAGAUGCUUCUUCCACUGCAGGCCCUGAGGCUGUCCGGGACAGUGGGAUCCACUCAGAAGAGAUGUUGCAACCCUACCCUUCUGCUCCCAGUUCUGGCUCUGCUGUCACGCACUUAAUGCCCCCCGCGAAGAAGAGCCAACAGCAGCAGGGCUUGAUGGAGAGCAUGCAGCCCGGGAAGCCCAGCGACUGGGAGAUGGAGGCCCGGAAGCACGAGAGGCCCGAGAACCUGCUGGCGCCUGCGCAGUUCUGCGCGGCCGAGCAGGACGUGAAGGCGCUGGCCGGGCCCCUGCAGGCCAUCCCGGAGAUGGACUUCGAGCCGUCUCCCGCCGAGCCGCUGGGCAACGUGGAGCGCUCGCUGCGCACGCCGGCCGAGCUGCUGCCCGACGCCCGCGGCUUCGUGCCCACGGCCUACGAGGAGUUCGAGUACGGCGGCGAGAUCUUCGCGCUGCCGGCGCCCUAUGACGAGGAGCCGUUCCAGGCCCCGGCUCUCUUCGAGAACUGCUCGCCCGCCUCUUCUGAGUCCAGCCUGGACAUCUGCUUCCUGCGGCCCGUCAGCUUCGCCAUGGAGGCCGAGCGGCCCGACCACCCGCUGCAGCCGCUGCCCAAGAGCGCCACGUCGCCGGCGAGCAGCACCGGCGCCUACAAGCUGGAGGCCGCGCAGGCGCAGGCGCAGGCGCACGGCAAGGCCAAGCCGCUGAGCCGCUCGCUGAAGGAGUUCCCGCGCGCGCCGCCCGCCGAGGGCGUGGCCCCGCGCCUCUACAGCACGCGCAGCAGCAGCGGCGGCCGCGCGCCGCUCAAGGCCGAGCGCGCCGCGCAGCCGCUGGGCGCCGCCGCCGCCGCCGCCUCCGCCCGCGGCGCGCCGCGGACCUUCUUCCCCCAACAGCGGUCCCAAAGCGAAAAACAGACCUAUUUGGAAGUAAGGAGGGAGAUGCAUUUAGAAGAUACCACCCGAUUCUGUCCGAGGGAAGAAAGAGAAAGUGAACAAACAUCUUUCAGCGAUCAAAACCCCAGGCAAGACCAGAAAGGGGGCUUUCGCAGCUCCUUCCGCAAGCUCUUUAAAAAGAAGUCCAGUGGAUCAGAAUACAGGGAAAAAACUAAUGAGAAUCCCUCAAUGGAUCCUUCACCCACCAAACAAGAUUUCUUCAGAAACCGACUUGCUCUUGCAAAUGACCUUGACCAAGGAACAGCUGUGUAAAACAUUUAAAAGUGUAUUGUCAAGUGGUAAGAUGAGGAUUAAAAAAAGUGUAUAUAUCUGUGUAGGAAUAUAUAUAUAUAUAUAUAUAUAUAUAUAUAUAUCAAUGUAUAAAUCCCCAAGGAAAACAAAUAUAAAUACUUACACAUGAAACUAAAAUCAACAUACAAGACAUGAAGAGAUGAAGAUUAGUCAAUGGUUAAGAUCUGGCUUUCUGAACCUCAACACUUGGGAAAAGGGAACUGAAGACUUUUCACAUCAUUACAGAAAAACACAAUAAAUUUGGAGGAAAAUAAAUGUUUGUAAGAACAAAAUCUUGCACCUUGAAGUCAUUCCCCUAGCAUCAUCUUGAGUAUGUUCAUAUUUAACAUGGAUGUGACUUUUGCGCUUCCUAGACAUGUAGCUAAUUAAUCCAUCCCCCAUUGCUUAGACUAAUA